AUGGCUUUAAAACUCCCUACCCGCAACUUACGGAGUAACCCUCACAUCCUCUUCGUCCGCCUCCCGUACCUCCUCUCGUUCCUUUGCAUUGUCGUCGGCGUUAUCUGGCUUCUCCUCCUGCCCCUGAACGAAUACUCGCGCCGGACGUAUAUUUCGGAGAAUGCGCUGUUGCCCGGUCAAGUGCAUGCAUAUUUCUCGGGUAGUGAGCAGAACAUCUUCCGGGGGUACAAGAAGGAGCUUGGGGGGUUGUUGGUAGGUGGGGCUGGCGGUAACGAUGGUGAGCAUGGAAGCAGAGGGGAGGUGGAAGUGACACCUGAGGUAUCUGAAAAGGUACAAUCGAUCUUACGAGCCGCCGGGUUGAAAGUCGCGACGCAGAACUACGAGUACACGUCUGCUGGAAUCAGACAUCGAGGACAGAAUACCUAUGCGAUUAUCAAUGCGCCGCGCGGUGAUGCUACAGAGGCAAUUGUGUUGGUUGCGGCUUGGAAGACGGUGGAUGGGGAGUUGAAUACCAAUGGGAUUACUCUUGUGUUGACGUUGGCGAGAUACUUUAAGAGAUGGUCCCUCUGGUCCAAGGAUAUUAUCUUCCUAAUUACCCCCGACAGCAAGUCUGGAGCGCAGGCAUGGAUUGAUGCAUACCAUGACAUGCACCCGCCCUCUGUCCAACCAUUGCCAUUGAAGAGUGGAGCAUUGCAAGGUGCCCUGGUGGUGGAGUACCCCUUCGACCACCGCUUCGAGUCCCUACACGUCGUCUACGACGGCGUCAACGGCCAAUUGCCUAACCUCGACCUUUUCAACACAGCCGUCUCCAUCGCCGGCGGACAAAUGGGCAUUGGAGCCGUCCUGCAAGAAAUGUGGGACCACGACGACAGUUACGAAGCCCGACUGGAGACCAUCCUUCGGGGAAUGGUCAAGCAGGGCUUUGGCUACGCAACCGGUGCGCAUAGCAGCUUCAUGCCGUACCAUGUGGAUGCGAUUACUUUGCAGACUAAGGGUGAAGGCUGGCAGGAUGAGAUGGCUCUGGGUCGGACGGUGGAGAGUCUCUGCCGGAGUUUGAAUAACUUGUUGGAACAUCUGCACCAGAGUUUCUUCUUUUAUCUGCUUAUGCAGUCAAAUCGGUUUGUUAGCAUUGGGACGUAUUUACCCAGUGCGAUGUUGAUUGCUGGUAACUUUACUAUUAUGGCGAUUGCUUUGUGGAUGCGUACGGGGUAUUAUGCGGGUUCUUCUUCAUCUACCUGCGCGGGUGCGCCAACUGAAGAGAAGAAAGAGACCACCCAGAAAGGAUCAGAUGCCUGUGGCGUCAUGGAACGACAGCUAGCCCUCCCACUUACAUUCGUCGUUGGCCUCCAUCUCUUGGGCUUACUUCCUCUCUACAUCUUCAACAAUCUCUCCCACCAGUAUUUCUCCUCUGCAGUCUACACCUGCAUCAUCGCAGACAUCGUCCUCCCCCUCACCCUCGCCGCCCUCUUAACUCACCACUCCCCUUCAACCCCUUCUACUCCUGCCAACACAAUCCCCCAACACUGCCUCCUCAUAAAAUCCUUCUCCCUCCUCCUCCUCGGCCUCUUCCUCUCCACCCUCGCGACCCUAAACUUCUCCCUCUCCUUCAUGAUCGGCCUCCUGUGCGCCCCGCUUACGUUCACAAACCGCACUGCCUCCACUCCUGUUUUACGAUACAUUAUCUCGACGAGCGGGUUGGUGAUUCUUAAUGUCCUUUCGCCGCCGGUUGUGCUUGUGGGUGGGUGUUGGUAUGCGGGUGUGAGUGUAGAGAGUGUGCUUACGCAGGCGGCAUUUGGGUGGGAUGUUUGGGGGAUGUGGACGCAGGUUGUUGUUUGGUGUGUUUGGUGGCCGGCUUGGGUGACUGGGUGUGCAUUGUUGGGGUCUUCGAUGUUCUAG